AUGAACAGAGAUAGUCUUAAAGAUUUGGAAUGUCCUACUCCAAGCUAUGCUACUCUAAAAAAUGAAAGAACCGAUAUAAAUGAUAUCAAAUUAGACAAUUUGAAUAAGACUAAGUUAAAGAAUAAAGAAAAAAAUUCAAAGGUAAUUAUUGAAGAAGAAGAAUAUGAUGAUGAUGAUGUAAAUAAUAAUAGAAAUUAAUAAAAAAUUCUUUCAUAAAGUCAAAUAUUCAAUAGAUCACAAGUUAUGCAGGAUGAUUCUAUUGUUGGAUUGAGCUAAUUGGAGGAAACUACGAUAAAAUUGUCAGACAUUGCUUAGUAAGAAGAAUCGUAGGAUGAUAAAAAUAGAUAAAAUAAGAAAUAAUUAAUAAAAUAGAAAUCUUAUUAAAGAAGAAGCACCAUGAUUUUCUUAACUAUCUUGGUCAUACUCCUGCUUUCUAUAUACUUUGUUAUUGCAUAUUUUCUUGCAAUGAAAACUUUUGAAACUGCCAAAGAUGUAGUGCAAUCUUUAGAAUUAAUAUUUUACAAAGGGUCUUGCUUUGACAGUACAAUGAACUUUUUAAGAGAAAGUGAAAUAAGAGGCAAACAUUUGAAAUUAGAUGAUAAAGGAGGUGUAUCUGCUACAGAUUAUUAUCUUGAUUUUUGUCUCUAAAAAGAGAAAGAAUAUAAGAAUAUGAGAAUGAAUAUUCCAGCAUACUUUGAGCAGGCUAGAAGUUUAAUUGAAUCUCUUGACUCUAAAGAAAUGUGUGAUAUAAUUUACUAAGGAUAAUUUGCUUACUUGCAUGAUUUUUGCAAAACAUCAUUGAAUGGAAUUCUAUCAUAAGGACUGAGUAAUUCUUUCUACUACAUGUAUGCCUAAAUACUCAAAGACAAUUUACAGGUUUCUCAAGCAAUUCAAAACCAUAACUUAACAACAAACAAAAGACUUCUACUUGAUAAUGAAAUAAUUUAAAUUAUAGACAUGAAAGCGAGACUUUUAGAUCCAUCCUUAACAGCACUCAAAGAAAAAUGUAUCACAUCUGUAGUUCAGUAUAUUCAAAAAUUACUGCAGAAUUUCGUAGUGGCUUUCAUUGUCUUCAUACUCAUACUGACUUUGGGUGUUAUCAUCAUACUAAUAGUAUCUUUUAACAAACUGAGGCAGAGUAUGUGGGACACUAAUAUUAUUCUAAAAAUUAUUCCGUUUGAGGCUAUUGACAAAAAGCAAAGAAUCAAAAUUAAAGAUUUCUUUAACUCAUGA